UCGAGACGCAGUUUCUAUGCACGCUUGGUCAACUGGUUCAGCGCGGGUUCUGCUCGUUGGCGCGAUAUAAUCCCCCGGGAGACGCGACCAAACCUCUCCAGUAAUCCCGUUCCCUGCUCUCUCUCCUUCCUCCUCUGCAUUCUGUGAUUCUCUGUCGCCUCCGGUGGCCUCCCCUCUCCCACUCGCUCAUCCACAUCCACCAUAAAUAGCUAGCUAGCUAGUGCCGGCCGGCGCCGGUGCAGGUGAAGAAGGUAGCACGCGCGGCGGGAGAUAGCUAGCUAAACUAGGAAAUUAAAGGGCCGCCGGCCGGCGGGACGAUAGAUCGUCAGGACAGGACGAGAAGAGAUCGAUGGGGCGGUCGCCGUGCUGCGACAAGACGAGGGUGAAGCGGGGCCCGUGGUCGCAGGAGGAGGACGCCAUCCUCAGGAGCUUCGUCCAGAGGUUCGGCAAUGCCGGCAAUUGGAUCGCCCUGCCGCACAAAGCAGGGCUGAAACGAUGCGGUAAGAGCUGCCGUCUUCGCUGGCUGAACUACCUCCGCCCCGAGCUCCGACACGGCGGCUUCACCGACGAGGAAGACAACCUUAUCCUGUCCCUCUACGGCGAGCUUGGAAGCAAGUGGUCGGUGAUAGCGUCCAGGCUCCCCGGACGGACGGACAACGACGUCAAGAACUACUGGAACACCAAGCUCAAGAAGAGGUACUUGGCGGCGUCCACAAGAGAAGAAGGAAGGCCGCCGCCGACAUCACCACCAGCGGCGACUCCUAGCGGCGAUGAUAGCACCGCCGCCGCCGGCAGUGACCAGCAGGCCCAACGACAAGAUGAACCCCUUCUUCUUCCGCUGACACCUCCAGCCCUCACCGAUCUCGAUGAUACAGGUACAGCCGCGUUUGUUGACACGGGUGCACGUGCUACCGUCGUCGUCGACGACGACAUGCUCCUCUUCAAGUCCGAGCAGCUGUACGCCGAGCUCGUGGGCCUCGUCGAUGAGAAGCAAUCGUCUCAGCAGGCCACAACUGGAGCGUCCGCUGGUAGCAGGGACGAAGCGUCGACAGCGACGCCAUCGUCCUCGUUGUCUGGAACAACAAGCAGCAGUCCGACGGUUAGCAGCAGCUCAGGUAGCUGCACCUUGUGGCCCGACACAACGCUGCUGCCCGAGUCCACCACCGGCCUGUUCGACGAUUACGGUGUUGGUGACGCGUUCGGAGUGGCUCUGCUGCCUGCGUACUACUUCCAAGACCUGAUGGCGGCCUCGUCCUACGACGAUGUUACUGCUACGGUGGCGCAGGAUUUGCUGUACUACCAGUAGAGUAGUACUGCUAAUGGCAGCAUGCAUGGCUUGAUGACGAGUUGAGACGUAAUGAUGUCCGUGUGGUGCAUACACAUACACUCCCAGAUCGACUCCCUAGCUUGCAUAGUUGCAUUGCAUUGGUUCCUCCUGUCAAGAUUACUUGACGUCGAGAGCAGAAAGCAAAUGUUCACCAAAACUUGAUUUGUCUCCACCUGGAAAGAUUGAAUGUAAGGGAACCUCGAUAUUCAUAUUC